UUUCUACUUGCUUUUCUGCAUACAAAUUCGCUGCAAGGCAGGAAGACCACAAAACAGGUGAAAGAAACUCUGGCCUCACUCAAAAAAGGGGCAGCUGGCCUUGACGACGCGUAUAAAGGGACACUUCAGAGAAUCGACAGUCAGCUAGAGGUUGAUUGUAGAUUGGCUAGAAAAGUCCUGUCGUGGAUCACGCUCGCCAAACGACGGCUCACUACCGCCGAGAUGUGCUGCGCUCUAGCAGUAGAGUCUGGGGAAGACGAGAUAGAUCCAGAGAAUGUACAUACUCCUGGGGACCUGGUCUCCGUAUGUGCUGGUCUUGUCACAAUUGACCAAGAGAGCGAUAUCAUUCGUCUCGUACACUACACUACACAAGAAUACUUUGAGAGGACUGGAGAUAUGUGGAACCCCAGAGGCCAUGUGCAUAUCGCUACCACAUGCCUUACGUAUCUGUCGUUCAGCGCUUUCCAGAGUGGCAGCUGCCUCAGUGACAAAGAGUUUGAAGAAAGGUUGCAGCAAAAUAGCUUCUUAGACUAUGCGGCCAAGUAUUGGGGAUGCCAUGCGAAAACCGUCGAAGUAGAG